UGUUCUCGCCGCUGAAUUGCCGUCGUCGAUCCGUCGUACCGCUUUGCGUUUAGCGUUUUGCGCCUUGCGCUUCUGCGUUCUUGCGUCGAGCUGAGUGAUCCGUCGCGGACUAGAAAGUGAUUCGUUGUGAUCCGAUCUGAUCUGAUACGAUCCGAUCCGAUUUGAUUUAAUUUGAUUUGAAUUGAUUUAAUUGAUUCCCAACACGGAGUUGAAAAUCGUGAAAAUCGACAAGAAUAUGCACAGCCAGAAAUCGAAGUGAUACAAGAAAGCAAUUCCGAGUGCGUUGAGUUGCUAACAAGUUGAGUGUCAGUGCUGAGUAAAGUGCCUCCUCGCCAGCUGAAAGGAUUUACGCGCUCGACAGUUCCGCCCAACUAUCACAGUCGCCGAACUGAACUGAAGCCAAGACUCUGUGUCCUAGCAAUACCACAACUCCACAAGUCCACCAUCCAACCACACACUCUCCAACUGUGCAAGUAUAGCUGAUCAUUGCCAUCGGAUCGCUGCGAACUUCCUUCCCGCGCGCAUCCCCCUGAACAGCCGUCAAAAUUCUUGAUAAAGUGGCCUCAAUAGGCGCCAACACGCUCAAUUUCACGGACCUAGGGAGCCCCUACGAGGGGCCUCCCAGCACCCCCCAGUCCGGCAUGGACGCCCCCGACGCGCCGCACACGCCCAAGUACAUGGACGGCGGGAACACGGCGGCCAGCGUCACGCCCGGCAUCAACAUCCCCGGAAAGUCCGCCUUCGUGGAGCUGCAGCAGCACGCCGCCGCCGGGUACGGCGGCAUCCGGAGCACCUAUCAGCAUUUCGGACCGCAGGGCGGCCAGGACUCCGGCUUCCCCAGUCCGCGCAGCGCCCUCGGCUACCCGUUCCCGCCAAUGCACCAGAACUCCUACUCCGGCUACCACCUGGGCAGCUACGCCCCGCCCUGCGCCAGUCCACCGAAGGAUGACUUCUCCAUCUCCGACAAGUGCGAGGACUCCGGCCUCCGCGUCAACGGCAAGGGCAAGAAGAUGCGCAAGCCCCGCACCAUCUACAGCUCGCUGCAACUGCAGCAGCUCAACCGCCGCUUCCAGCGCACCCAAUACCUGGCCCUGCCGGAGCGGGCGGAGCUGGCGGCGAGUCUGGGCCUCACGCAAACGCAGGUGAAAAUCUGGUUCCAGAACCGACGCUCCAAGUACAAAAAGAUGAUGAAGGCGGCCCAAGGCCCGGGCACCAACAGCGGCAUGCCCCUGGGCGGCGGAGGACCCAAUCCCGGCCAGCAUAGCCCCAAUCAAAUGCACAGUGGCGGUAAUAACGGCGGUGGCUCGAACAGCGGCUCACCCUCACAUUAUCUACCUCCCGGACACAGUCCAACGCCAUCGAGUACACCCGUGUCCGAGCUUUCACCUGAAUUCCCACCAACGGGCCUCAGUCCGCCGACGCAAGCGCCGUGGGACCAAAAACCGCACUGGAUCGACCACAAGCCGCCGCCCCAAAUGACGCCACAACCACCUCAUCCAGCGGCAACGCUACAUCCGCAGACGCACCACCACAACCCGCCGCCCCAGAUGGGUGGCUAUGUGCCCCAGUACUGGUACCAGCCCGAGACGAAUCCAUCACUAGUGACUGUCUGGCCGGCGGUCUAACAGCAUCCGAACCAGCUGCCCUCGGGUGCCUGGACGCAGCACCAGCUGAGCCUGGAGCAGCAGCACCAGUCCCUUCACCAGCACUCCUGCCAGGAGCUGGGGCACCAACUGCAGCUGGAGCAGCUCGAGCAGCAGCACCAGGCCCAGGUGGCGGCCCAGGCGGAGGCCCAACACCUCCUCCAGCGGCAGGACCUCGCUGGCAGGGCCUUCGGGGGCGGGGCAGUGCAGCACACGAUAUCUUAGCCAAUAAACCAUGAUAGCAACCUGUAAAAUAUCCAUAAACUGAUAAACUGUGUCGAGAAAGAAGCGAAGAAGCAAGAGCACUGGCAAGUUAAGCGUAAAGUUUUGUACAUUUGAACCGUAAUAUAAAUAUAGUAUGUUUACCAACGUGAAUAAAGUCGUUCUAAAAUGUAGUCUAGCUAAGAAGAAAUCGAACACAAACACAAACAAACACAAAAAGAAAAGCAAAACAAAAAAAUACUUAAAGCAGAGAACAUUCCUCAAUCACAGAAGCAAGAAGAGAGAGAGAGAGAGAGAGAGUAUGAAACGUGUCCUUUAAUUUCGUUUAAUUUAGCAAAUUAACUAUGUAUAAACCUAUCUAUAUGAACGUAACUAUAUGUAGUGAGCAACAACAAAGUAUAAAUCGUAAAGAGUACAUCUACAUCGUAAAUAAAUGAAAUCAAACAAAUGAAAUCAGCUGUUGAUCUUAGAGUUUCUUUCGAGUGAUUUGUUCUUGAGUAGAGAAGAGUCGAGAAAAGGCAAAAGAACGAGCAACGAGCAACAGAAAUCAGUAAAAUCAGAUCUCAAAUGCAAAAGGAAAACUCCUCUUAAUUCAUUAAUGUCCUUCUCAUUUUUUUGUGUAUUUUUUACCUGCACCCAGAAGAGCCCAGAAGAGCCCGCUUUCGUUCUUUAUUGUGCAAUAUAAUCUUAUUUACCAACCUCUUGGGCGUUAAGUAAUUGCUUAAAGUGUACAUUUUGUAUAGACCGCUUGCAGAAGGCGCCUCAAAUGUCAAGGGAUCCCAUUCAAACAAUCGAAGGCGAAUCAAGCCGAAUCAAGCCGAAUUCAGACUCGAAAUUCGACUCGCUGCUGAGCUUGCUGUAGCUGUAAUUAUGGAUUAACAUAAUCUAGUUUAAGUGGUAAUUAGUGCGUGUGUUUCACCCUAGUUUAAUUUAACCACAGCAAGAGCUAAAGGAAAUAAUUGAUACUUUACCGCCUAAACUGCGAGUGAGUGCGUGAAUGAGUGCGAUGAACAGGCGAGUGAAUAGGAUGAGUGAAUGACUGGAUGAGUGGAUGAGUCUAGGUGCGCGAUUGCAAUGUAAACAAAACAAUAACUAAACAAAAACACAUGGUAAAUUCGAAUCGAAAUCAAAUCAAUGAGAAAUGCAUAAACAAACCUUAUGUGCUAGCAUUUAAUUAAUUAGUUGUAAUCUAGAAAAUGGCAACACAAAUCACAGAAGAGCCUAGCGACUCCCCUCCCCAUUUAAAU